AUGGACGACACAACGCACAACAGGCUAUUCGCGCGGAGUCCCGGCGAUGGAGCAGCCCGAGGCGAACGAGCACUGGUGGUGACAGCCGUGCUGACUGGACUUGCCAUCCUCGUCGUCGGUAUGCGGUUACUCGCUCGAGCUGGUUUGAUGAAGUUCAUGGGUCGCGAGGACUGGACGAUUCUUGUUUCUCUCAUCUUCGCCGUCGUCUACCUCGCUCUUGUCUGCGCUGGUACGCCGGUCCCUACUCCCGCAUCUUAUAGCAACGACAACGCUAACCCACCCACAGAGGUUCACUUCGGCCUGGGCAUGCACAAGUCCGAACUCACCGACUACCAGUUCAAGCAACAACUGAAGCGUCUAUGGGCCGCCAUCCCCUUCUACAACGCCAGCCUGUGCACCACCAAGUUCUCCAUCCUGUUCCAGUACCUGCGUAUCUUCCCCGACAAGCGCUUCCGUCUCGCCUGCUACAUCGUCAUGGUUAUCGUCGCCGCCUACGGCACCUGGGCUGUCGUCAGCGCCUUUGUCAACUGCCUCCCCGUCGCCCGCUUCUGGGACCCCUCCGUCGGCGGCUCCUGCAUGAGUUUCGAAGCCGUCUGGUUCUUUAACGCCUCCAUGAAUAUCGUCACCGACAUCACCCUGCUGAUCAUGCCGAUGCCGCUGCUUUCGCACCUGCAGCUCCCGCGCAUGCAGAAGUUUGCCCUGAUGGGAGUCUUCGCUAUGGGCAUCCUGGUCGUCAUCACCAGCAUCCUCCGUCUCAAAAGUCUCAAGGAAGUCGCCUCCGCUACAGACACCUCCUGGAGCAACGUCGGCGCCGCCUACUGGACGGCCGCGGAAUGCAACGUCGCCAUUAUCUGUGCCUGUCUGCCCUUCCUCCGCCCCCUGGUCAGCUGUCUCUUCCCCAAAUUUCUCUCGACCAACAGCUACAAAAACUACACGCGCAACCCCACCACAACCGGGAGGUCGCGCGCCACCCGCCACAAGAUGUCCCAAUUUUACUCGCAGGACCGCGAGCUGGGCCUGUACUCCAUCGACGUCAAGUCCGGGCAGCGCAGCCCCACCCAGUUCGGCGGCAUCGAGGUUAUCACCGAGAUGGUGCAGGAAACGUCCAACAAGCAGGACGAGUCGACGAGUCAGCGGCGGCUGGUUAUGGAUCCUUCAUGA